CAGAUUCCUGAAUCCGUGACUUUACUAACUUACAACAAUAUGAUAAAAGCAAUGCACACACACACUAGUACUUCCAGAUAACCACAACACCCGAUGGCAACGGACUUUAGUUCCAUCCCCAUAAUUGAUAUUAGUCCCCUUUUGGCUAAGGCAGAUGAUCCAAAAAUGGCUGAGGAUCCUGGUGUGCUUGAGGUUGUUAAACAAUUGGAUAAGGCUUGUACAGAGGCAGGGUUCUUCUACGUGAAAGGACAUGGUUUUCCUGAGACUCUCCUUAAAGAAGUUAGAGAUGUAACGCGCAGAUUCUUUGAACUUUCAUAUGAAGAAAAGGCGAAGAUCAAAAUGACUCCAGCUGCUGGGUUCAGAGGUUAUCAAAGGCUUGGAGAAAAUAUAACUAAAGGUGUACCUGACAUGCAUGAAGCUAUUGAUUGCUAUAGAGAAGUGACCAAGGACAUGUAUGGAGAUCUUGGCAAAGUUAUGGAAGGAAGCAAUCAAUGGCCACAAAAUCCUCCAACAUUCAAAGUUCUUAUGGAGGAGUAUGUUAGUCUCUGCAGAGACCUUGCAAGGAAAAUUAUGCGUGGAAUCGCUUUAGCAUUAGGUGGAUCGCCCAAUGAAUUUGAAGGUCAAAGAGCUGGGGAUCCAUUUUGGGUAAUGCGGCUCAUUGGUUACCCAGGUGUAUCAUCUGUAAAUGGAACCAAUGUUCAUAAAAAUGACAUUGGAUGUGGAGCUCACACUGAUUACGGUUUAUUGACAUUACUUAAUCAAGAUGACGAUGUAAACGCACUUCAGGUGAGAAACCUGUCUGGUGAAUGGAUAACAGCACCUCCAGUUCCUGGGACAUUUGUAUGCAACAUUGGUGACAUGCUAAAGAUUUACUCCAAUGGUUUGUACGAGUCCACUUUGCAUCGGGUGAUAAACAACAACUCAAAAUAUAGAGUCAGUGUAGUAUACUUUUAUGAGACAAACUUCGAUACUGCAGUAGAGCCAUUGGACACACAUAAAACGAGGGCAAAUGGCAACAAGGAGUUCAAAAGAGCAGUCUAUGGAGAGCAUUUAACUGGCAAGGUCCUCACAAAUUUUGUUGAUUUGUAACCUUGUUUUUAUUGCUCUGGUGUGUAAAUAAAUAAGGCAUCUUGUCUUGCAAGCUCAUCGCAUGCAUGUCUAGACCUACAAGUGCUGAUAAUAUUUGAAGUGCAAUUCUCAAUUUAUACAACUUCAGGACUUGACUUGGGAAUCCACAUACUCCCAGUUGUCAUAAA